CGUCUAUCUCUAACACUAUCAGCCGUCUCCUCUACUCCACGCCCCAGAUGGACCUACCUGCUGCAUCCCACAUUCCACUGCAACGCUGCCCUGACCUGGGCAUCAUAAGCGAUACCCCUAAAGGCCGCGGCGUUUUCGCUACAAGAGAUAUACCAGCGAAAACGGUUAUUGAUGUGUGUCCCGUAUUAGUCCUGGGAAUAGAAGAGAAUAAGAAGCAUCUUGAGCACACUUCACUUUAUCAUUAUACCUACAACUGGCCCAUCAUAGAUCAAGAUGGAAAAAAGAAGGUAGCACAAGCAGUCAUCUUUGGACUCGGUUCCAUGUUCAACCACUCGACCCAGGAACAAAAUGUCGUAUGGGAACGGGAUGCAGACCGCCUGUUCAUCACAUACCGCGCUUCACGAGACAUCUGCGCCGGUGAAGAACUCUGCAUAUCCUACGGAGACCAUCUGACAUUCAAAGAUGUAGACUGUCCAGCUCCUCCACGACCUGAUGAGGAGAUGGCGCAGCUGAACCAGAUACAGCUGGAUUAAAAGCUAGACGCAGGUAUAGAUACAGCGAAUCGAAUGGAAGGAGGUACACAUCAGACAGCCACCAAGG